GACGCUACAACUACAAUAAAGCCAGAAAAAAUAGAAAAAUGGCUGAAAGAAGGUACAGUUGAGCUAAAAGUCACUCGUAUCAAUAUGCAUGGUCUACCUGGAGCUGGUAAAACGUGUUCACGACACCUCCUACUUAAUGAAGACCCACCAUCUUCUACUGAUAGUACAUCAAUAGCUUGUCCUGCUGUUAAAGCAACAAGAAUAUCUGUUGAUGAUAAGAAUAAGAAAUGGGAGAGGGUUGAAGUAAAAGAUUUGUACAACCAACUAGCAUCUCAUUUAAAGGAGGUACCAAAUGAAACGGAACUUGAGCAAGAAAAGGAUGAAGCACCACUGGACUUAACUGAUAUAUUUGAUAGUUCAGAUGAAGAUGAAAGUGAUGAUGAAACUGAUGAUCAACCUACCGAAAUUAAGCCAAUUGAAAAGAAACCAGUCAAGAUUAAACAAACUGAGAUUAAUCCAACUGAAACAGAAGUAGUGAAAGAAGUUUUAAGUGUUCAUGAAACUGGAAAGUCUAAAAAGUUUAGUACAAAUUGGGUGUAUUUUAUUGAUUCUGGUGGUCAACCAGCAUAUCGAGAGUUGCUGCCUCUUUUUACAAGAGCAGCUGCACUGAAUAUCAUCACCAUUGAUCUUACCAAAGGUCUUGAUGAGAAGUGUGAGUUUCAAUACCGCAUUAGUCAAAAUACAUCUCCUAUUAAUACGGAGCUGAAGUAUUCUAAUCGUGAUAUAAUACAUUCAACAAUUGCCUCCGAAGCUAUGUUGAAUCCCAUUGAAAUUCCUUAUGUCACUGAGUCUGAUAUGCCCAAGCACUCUCAUUAUCUUAUACUUGGCACACGUAAAGAGUUGAUAAGUGAGGAAAAGCUAAAAGAAAUGAACAAAAGCCUGAUCGAAUAUAAAGUUAAUAAAAAAGUCAUUCCUCAUAAUAAGCGUCAAGAUUCAAUUAUAUUUCCAGUUGAUACAUUGCUCCCUGCUGGGUCUAAGGAAAGAGAAGAAGCUAGUAUAGAGCUUUGUACUGCAAUUUCAAAUUGUGGAGUUGAAAUGACAAUAGUUUUGCCGAUUCGAUUGCUUACUUUUGAGAUUUCACUACAAAUAGAAGCUAAGAAGAAGAAGAGAAGUUUCCUUACAAAAGAAGAAGUGAUUGAGAUUGGUAAGUCUCUUCAACUUGAUAAAAAAUCAGACAUUGAUGUAGCUCUGCAAUAUUUACACAAUGUCACUAUCAUUCUUUAUUUUCAUGAAGUCCUGCCGACUAUAAUAUUUGUUGAUCCUAAGCCAAUUCUUGAUGUCUUUUCACGUCUAAUAGCUAUCACAUACGUCGACCAUAAUAAAUUACAUUUGAUUGCGAACCCAACUCCUUCACCAGAUGAAAGACGUAGUCUCAUUGAUUUUGGUCUUUUUAAAGAAGGUCUUUUAAAAGUUAUUGGUAAACAAAUUUUUAGUAAAGAUUUUCAACCUUCUCAUAUGAUCACUCUUCUAAGACACCUCCACAUCAUUGCCAAAGUUGAAAACAGAAAAGAAGGUGACUAUUUUUUUCCGUGUGCAUUACCAUCUUACGAUAAGCUCAAUCCUGCUUCAACAGAAAUACAACCACUUCUCAUAGCAUGGGAGAUUAACAACAGUGGAACAAAAUCUCUAGCCAUUCCUCAAGGAUUAUUUCCUUUAACCAUUGUACACCUUUUAGAGAGAGAAGAUGUUGACUUCAAUGAAAGAUUCUACAGAUGUCUUGAUGCCAUGUCACUCUGUGUUAAUGACGAGCAUCAUUAG